UUCGCGUUCUCCCUUCGCCGUUUCUCACCUCAAAAGGCCAGCAGGUUCUCGCCAGCACGAAACCCCCCAUACGUUCUCGGGACCGGGCAUACUACGUGAAACUAUUCGCUUAAACUUCACGAAUUGAGCUCUCGCGGGGAACUUAAAUCAAAUGGCUCCUCGUUCGCUCUGGCUCCCUUUAUGUUUGUUGUUCUCUUGCUUGGUUGCGCUUCAGACGGCGCAUGCACUUCAUUUUUACCUGGACUCGAAUGAGAUCAGGUGUUUCAUUGAGGAGCUACCUACGGAUACUGUAGUUGAAGGGCAUUAUCGUGCACUAGAAUGGAACGAGAAAGAGCAGACAUAUCUCAUUAACGAGGAGCUUGGUAUUCUUGUCGAAGUAGACGAAAUGGAAACAAACCACGCCGUCGUCAAGACCCGCGGUCCCCCAGACUCCCGCUUCACCUUCACCUCCCACGAAGCCGGCGACCACUCCAUCUGCCUCUCGACAAACUACUCCUCCUCCUGGUUCGGCCCUCAAGCCCACAUCCGUCUCUACCUCGACAUCGUCGUCGGUGCCGCCAAGCCCGACGUUGAACAGGACAGGACGCACAUCAGCGAGAUCGCGAGUAAGGUGCGGGAGCUGAACCUUAAACUGGAGGACGUGCGAAGGGAGCAGCAAUAUCAGAGGGAGAGGGAGGCGGAUUUCAGGAAUUUGAGUGAGGCGACGAAUUCAAAGGCGGUGUGGUAUAGUGUGUUGCAGAUCGUGGCGUUGUUGGCGACGUGUGCGUGGCAGUUGAGGCAUUUGAAGCGUUUCUUUGAGGAUAGGAAGAUGCGGUGAAGACCGGGGAAUGCGAUUCGUGUUCUUAUUCCCACAUGUGCUGUGUUUGUGAUUCGUUCAAUACCGAGAUCUAUGGAAGUCUUAUUUUGUCCAUGAAACCAUUCCGCUCCAUCGUCACGAAUUGGCCGAUUUAUGUUCUCCGAGCCUUCAAAGCCUAUAAUCAUACAUCCGGACUCCUCGCCCACAUCCAAAAUACACAAAAUACAACGAUGAACAAAGACGCCACGCCGAGCCGCAGGUUGAACCACCCUUCACCAGUUUCACUUUGAAGCCUCGUCGUCAUGAAAGUUGAGGGAGACGGAGUUGACACAGUGACGUUCGUCGGUGGGCGUAGGGAAACCUUCUCCUUUGAAAACGUGGCCCAAGUGCCCUCCACAAGCGUUGCAAAUGAUCUCUGUCGCGGGCACGACGCGGCUGCUGUCGAUUUGGCGACCGACAGCGCCGGGGAUGGCAUCAAAGAAUGCAGGCCAACCACAUCCACUGUCGAACUUGGUCGUGCUCUUGUACAGAGGAGUGCCACAGCCUGCACAACUGUAAACACCUUCUUUACUCCACUUGUCGUACUUUCCUGUUCCAGGAGCCUCUGUACCCUUUCCACGGAGCACGCGGAACUGCUCCCGGGAAAGAACAGCUUGCCACUCUGACUCUGGCUUUGCCUUGGAUGAAUCAGACAUACUUCUACGAUUUAGAUGAUGCGCGGACGCUGUAGCGGUUCGAGCUGCUGCUAAAGGCGAAAGAGCUGAUGCGAGUACGAGGGUGUUGCGAGAGAUGAUACGAAUGUUCAUCCAGGUCGACCCGAGCUUUUAUACCACAACCUGGUUGUGUGAACC